GCCCCAUUCUUCUUUGCUUUGCUUUGCACGUCUUCUGAACUAAAACCCCAAAUCCCUUAUCCGAACGCGGGUCCUUUCUCAUCAGUGAAGAGAGAGACCAGACCAUGGUCCAAUAGUCUUGUUUCAGACAUUGGAAAUCACUAUCCGCAGAAAUUUCUCCCUCGAAAACUCGAAGAAGAUGUUAUCCAUGGCAAUUCAAUCUGGUGUUAGGAGUGUUUUCACGCAAUCCCCAUUUCCUUGUCAGACCCUCAGUUGCAAGAGAAUCAAAACUAGCAUUUUCAUUGGUCCCAAACCCAAUGCAGCCAUUAUUGACCCAAAAAUCAGACCCAUUUCCAGAAACCAAAGAUUAAAAGGUUUUGCAGCGCCAGAAGCUCUGGCAGCUAAAACAACCAAUGAAGCAGAAGAACCCACGGAAGUGGAAGAAGAACCAAUCCCUGACCAAGGAAAAGAGAGAGUUGAAGUGUCGGUGAAGCAAGCGGAUAAACCAAGGCUGGUGCUGAAGUUCAUAUGGAUGGAGAAGAAUAUUGGGCUGGCUCUUGAUCAGGUAAUUCCUGGACAUGGUACUGUUCCCUUGAGUCCAUACUACUUCUGGCCAAGAAAGGAUGCAUGGGAAGAGCUCAAGACCACUCUAGAGAGCAAACCAUGGAUAUCCCAGAAGCAGAUGAUCAUACUUCUCAAUCAGGCCACUGAUAUCAUCAAUUUGUGGCAGCAAAGUGGUGGCAAUCUUACCACAUAAUGGAACAGACAUUUUGGUUUUUUUUGCAGUUAAUUGUUAGUGUUUAGGUGUUGAGUUAGCUAAUUUGCUUACGGAUAUCCUUUUGUACCAUUGGUUUAGUAUAAUUGAGGAAUGAAUUAUGUUCAUGGUUGUGGGUA